AUGAAGGUUUUAGAAGCAAAAGAAGACCCAAAGUGCGCUGCAAAAAUGGAAAGCGAACAUGGGUACUGUAAGCGGCGGUACUGCUUCAGAACAAUCUUGAAUGUUAUCUCGUUUGUAUUAUCGAUUGUGUCCGUCGCAUUUUGCGUUUUGCUGAGUGUUCAGAAUGGUGAGAUUAAAGACAGAGUAGUGGAUUUGGAAACUGGAAGUGGCGGGCAUCAGUUUCAUCGCUUCCCUGGCUGUUCCAUGGAUCAGUUUAAUUCAAUGAUACAGGAGAGAGUGGAUGAACUGCUUUCACAUCGGUCCUACGAACAUUUGGCACGGAUAAGGACUGCCCGUGAAGUCCCACCUGAGUGCAACUGUCCGCCAGGUCCACCAGGAAAGCGUGGCAGAAGAGGACGCAAUGGAGAACCGGGACCCCCAGGUCCACCGGGUCCGAAAGGUGACAAGGGGGAUCAAGGCGACCAGGGCCCGAGGAUGGUCUUCCCUAAGAUCAAUCAUGGCUUUCUUUCAGCUGAUCAGCAACUCAUUAAGCGCCGGCUCAUUAAGGGUGAUCAGGGCCAGGCAGGACCACCAGGGCCUCCUGGUCCACCAGGUCCCCCUGGUCCCAGGGGACCCCCAGGGGAUACAGGCAAAGAUGGACCCAGAGGAGUGCCUGGGUUAGCAGGAGACCCGGGAACUCCGGGAGAGGAUGGUCCCAUGGGACCUGAGGGCCCUCAAGGACCAAAGGGUUCCACUGGGACCUCUGGUGCUCCAGGUAUUCCUGGAUUAAAGGGGGAGGUGGGUGCGCCAGGAUUAGAUGGGACUCCUGGCGCUAAGGGUGAUAAAGGAGAUCGAGGUGAAAAGGGUGACAUGGGAGAGGAAGGACAGAAGGGAGAAGUGGGUGAGAAGGGCGAUGCAGGCUCUUCUGCAGCAGGUAUCAAGGGUGAACCAGGGGAGCCUGGACGUGAGGGACAGAAGGGAGAGCCAGGACUUCCAGGGCUGCCUGGACUUCCCGGGAUAAAGGGUGAGCCUGGAUUCCUCGGACCACAAGGUGAGCCAGGGCUGCCAGGCUUGCCAGGAACCAAGGGUGAGCGAGGAGAGGCUGGACCACCAGGGAAGGGUGAACGUGGAGAGACUGGACCUGCAGGAAUGAAGGGAGUGGAGGGAGAGCCAGGAAUUCCAGGUCCCAAAGGGUCAAAGGGUGAUCCUGGAGACAAAGGUGAACUGGGUGCUGUUGGACCUAGGGGCCCACCUGGACAGAAAGGUGACCAGGGUACGACUGAAAUUAUAGACUACAAUGGAAAUAUCCAAGAAGCACUUCAGAAGAUUACCACUAUUACAGUGACGGGUCCCCCUGGGCCUCCAGGACCAAUGGGACCACAGGGUACCAAGGGUGAUCGAGGUCCUCCUGGUCCUCCAGGAUUAGAUGGAGAAAGGGGUCACAAAGGUUCCAAAGGUGACAUGGGAAUUCCAGGAAUUUCAGGAGAAAAAGGAGCAAAGGGUUUGUCCGGGUUGCCGGGCACAAAUGGUAUGAAAGGAGACAAAGGAGACACCGGCCUGCCUGGUCCUCAGGGACCAUCGAUCAUAGGCCCACCUGGACCACCUGGACCACAUGGCCCCCCAGGACCUAUGGGUCCUCAUGGCUUUCCUGGACCAAAGGGGGAACCAGGGUUGCAUGGUCUAAAAGGAGUGCGUGGGGAGCCAGGGCACAAGGGUGACAGAGGACCCCUAGGCCUCCCCGGAGCAUCUGGCUUAGACGGCAAGCCGGGAAUCAGGGGAAUGGAUGGACCAGUAGGUGCUCCUGGUCCAGCGGGUCCUAAGGGAGACAGAGGUGAGAGAGGUCCUUCAGGUGAACCUGGCCCUAGAGGACCAUAUGGACCAACUGGAGCUCCUGGAACACCUGGGUUGGACGGGUUGCCAGGCUUAAGGGGAGAGAAGGGCGACCAGGGGGAAAGAGGAGAAAAGGGUUUCCGGGGCUUUAAGGGUGAAAAAGGUGAGCCAGGCCAGCCUGGGCUGGAUGGGCUGGAUGCCCCGUGCCAAUUGGGUCCAGAUGGAUUACCAAUGCCUGGCUGCUGGCAGAAGUGAUCAAUCUAACUCAAACGCAUGGAGUUUGUAAAUAAUGCUUCAUUUUUUUUGUAUUUAUAGUUUUUUUAAUUGAAAAUAUAAAUUAAAUGAGUAUAUAUAUAUAUAUAUAUAUAUAUUUGUGCGUACAUGAAAAAGAGCAAGGUCAUGAAGUCAAUGUGUAGCUGCUUCUACUCACCUUGUGCGGUCACAGAAACGUGUGUCAUUUCUCACUGAACUGGUGCUGUGAGGUUCAGGCACUUGACCAAGCAAAAGACAACUGCACACAAGGGGGCUUGUUUCCCCAGUCACUUGCAUGGCCAGAGCUCCUGGAAUGAGAAUGGAAGCCAAAACGGACUAACGGGGACAAAAAGAGAGGUGGAAGAGAAGGAAAAAAUGAAGGAGGAGGAGGCAAUGGACAGAUCAGGACAGGCAUAGAUGUGUGUUGGGUGGGUGUGUGUGUGUGCGUCCAUGCGGAACUUACUCUCACUCAUCAUGCCAUACUACCAGCUCAAAAAGAAAAAAAAAAGACUAAAGACUCCAUCUGUGCUUCUUCUAUACAUCUCUCCUCAAAACUGCAUGAGUACAAUAUGAAACUAUAUGUAAAGAUACAUAAUGAAUUGUGAUGUGGUCUAAAAACCUAUGGCUUCUGCAAAAAAAAAAAAAAAAAAAAGCAAACAAAGAAACAAACACUAACUUGCUGUUGGUCUUACUCACUUAAAACGUGUUUCUAAAUCUGAUUUUUUUUUUUUUUUUGUCUUUUUCUCUCAUCAUCCAAAGGGAGUCACACCCUGGCUGGUGGCCUGAGAGAGUGAUUCCCCUGGGGGGUAGAGAAAGGUUGUUUCUUUUCUUUAUUUUGGUGAGAUCUGCGUCAGGUCUUGGCCAUGAAGUUGCAUCAGUGUUAUGUUCCCAUGGUUCUUAAGACCCCGUUCCUCGCUUGUUGCAUUUUGAGAGUGAUGCAGGAGAAAGACUCUUUUAACUGGGCCUGCUGAAGAAUGGGAGUGUUCCCCAGUACUGUCUGCAGCCCAGUGCAGACUGAAUGUCAAACAGAUAUUCAAGUCAAACAAAGGCUCUUGUCCAGUUGUGCCUACUUCAACGCCAGAGGUCUUUGGAGAGCAAGAGUUGGUGCAGUUUAGAGGAGCCUCCUCAGGUCGCCCUUCUACAGCCGGUGAAGUUGUGUGGGCGACGUCUAGAGAAUCCACAGCUUGUACUGAGGAGCCUAACAACAUGGUCUACUGAGAACAACAGCCCGACUAGGUUUAAUUGUGGACUUUUCAUUUGUGUUAAUACUUGUUUUUUGUUGUUGUUGUUGUUGUUUCUUUUUUGGUAUUUUUAGGUUUUUUUAUUGUUGUUGUUAAUGUUGUACAAUAGCCUUUGGUGCCUCAAGCUCUUUUUGUUAUUCAUUCCUUUUGGAAAAUACACCUUUACGUCAUGUUUUGACUCUUAGGAACGGUGUUUAAUACAGAAUUGUGUAUUCUGGUAUGUUUAAAGUUGCAGCUAAACAACAAAAAAAAAAAAAAACUUAAAUGCAUAUGAUUCAUGAUGCUGUAUGAUCACCUCUUGAAAUUUGUCUGAAAUGAGGGAUUUCUUUUCUUCUUUUAUUUGUUUGUUUGUUUUGUUUUAAGUUUUAUGGCUUCAACAGCACUAAGUACCUGUGUGUCAGUGGAAAUGUGAAGGAGUCUCACUUUAAAGUUUGAUUUACUGUUCAUAGAAGCACAAGUUUGUGCAGAAGCAACCAAUGGUUUGAAUGACAGACAGUUUUGCCAGUGAUGUUCAUGGUACUUCUUUCACUGCAUUAGGUGAAAAAUGUCCCCUUUUCUUUUAAACAGUCAUUUGUAAUGCUUCCUCGCUUGAGUGCCUCCAAAACUGAGGGCUGAGCAAGAAGUCAAACGCAUAGAUUCAGUUUCUUUAAAGAACUAAUACUGUAUUGAAACAAACUGGAGAUGAACAGAAUUUUUCACCUCCUUGUUCCAGGUGAGCUUAAUCAGAACUUCUGGAACCUCAUAUCCUGUGCUUUACAUUAUCACCCAGAAUAAAUGUUUCGUGACGCCAAAAAAAAAAAAAAAGAACAUUCCAGAGCCAAAGGAACACUGCAUAACCUUUCAACAUGACUUUUUAAAUCACCAUGAUAGUUCAGUCACAGAACUAUGUAUAUUUAUAUUUUAUAUACAUGGCUUUCGAUGGCUAGAAUAGUCAAAGAUAAUGGAAGAUAUUGAGGUUGAAUGUCCAAAGGCUUGACAGCUAAAAUUCUAAUCCCAGAGAUGU